CCAAUGAAUUGGAGGAAGAAAUGGAUGAAACUAAACAGCAUUUAGAUUCAAUCGUCAAAAUCAAGGUGAUCGGAGUCGGAGGGGGUGGCAGCAACACGAUUCACUCCAUGAUUCAAGAAGGAAUUCAAGGGGUUGAUUUUAUCGUCGCUAACACCGACCAACAAGCUCUCAAUUCUUCGAUCGCCCAAGAUCGGUUGACGCUUGGUAAAAGCGCUCGUGGUCUAGGAGCCGGAGCCAAUCCGGAGGAAGGACACCGCGCAGCGACCGAAAGUGAGUCGGAAAUUCGCGACUUACUGGAAGGCGCAGACAUGGUGAUCAUUGCAUCGGGGAUGGGAGGUGGCACAGGCACUGGCGCAUCGCCGGUGAUUGCUAAAGUCGCCAAACAACUCGGGGCGCUGACGAUCGGAAUCGUCACCACGCCGUUUGCUUUUGAAGGAACUAAACGAAUUGACAACGCCAAGUUAGGGCUAGACAACUUGCGCGCCGAAGUCGACUCGCUGAUUGUCGUUUCUAACGACAAACUACUUCAACAAUUUGGCAGCAUUUCCUUGAAAGACUCUUUCAUGUACGCUGACAAAGUGCUUAAGCAAACCGUGCGUACCAUUACCGAUCUGAUCGCGCUUCCGGCUCUAAUCAACUUAGACUUUGCCGAUGUAACCACCGUAAUGCGCAACAAAGGACCGGCUUUGAUUGGAAUUGGUAAAGCCAACGGUCAAGACAAAGCGAUUAAAGCUGCUACCCACGCCAUUUCAAGCCCGAUUUUAGAAGCUUCGAUUUUCGGAGCCCAAGAUGCGAUCAUUAACAUUUCCGGUGGCGACAUUACGCUUGACGAAGCUAACAAAGCCGUCGAGACGAUCAAAAAAGCCGCCGGCGACGAACUGAACAUCAUCUUUGGUGUUUCAAUCGUGGAAAGUCUUGGUAACGACAUCCAAGUUUCCGUGAUAGCGACUGGUCUUAAACAGCAAAAACCGAUCACUCAGGAGCAAAUUAAGGAGCAGGUGUCGCAAGUUUUGGACACGAUUGACCUUGAUUUUGAAGACGAGGGAACGCGGGAGUUGCUGGUCAAAGAUCCGUUCCCGGAAAGUGCUAAAAUGCACAUCAGCGAAGAAACGCGUGUCAAACCAGUCAGCGCUGAUGAUUCGCUUGAAUUAGUCGACGAAGACGAGACUGAUGACUUGCCGAGUUUUUUGCGUCGCUAAAGUCCAAAUGGCUGAGAAGUAAGGCCAAGCAAUUGGUUGCGAAUCGGCCGGAUUUGAAAACGCCUGAGCUCGCUCGUUAGUGAAACUA